AUGAGACUGGGCCAUGGGCAAGAGGAAGUCCCAGGCACUUCAGGAGCUGCCAGUCAUUCUGACCUGGUCAAGUCCAAGAACCACACCACACACAACCAAUCCCAGAAAUGGCACAGAAAUGGUAUCAAGAAACCCUGGUCACAAAGAUAUGAAUCUCUUAAGGUGGUAGACCCUGAGUUCCUGAGAAACAUGAGCAACAAGAAAGGUCUGAAGAAGAUACAGGCCAACAAUGCAAAGGCAGCAAGUGUGCGUGCAGAGGCCAUCAAGGCCUUUGAGAAGCCCAAGAUGCCAAAGGGCCUCAUCUGCAAGCUCAGCUAUCCUUCUUUCAUCACUCACCCCAAGCUUGGGAAGUGGAUUAGAAGCUACAUGGCCAAGGGUCAUAGGCUCUGCCAACCAAAGCCCAAGGCUCAAACCAAGGCAGAGGGCUCAGCUCCAGCUCAGGCUCCCAAAGGAGCUCAGGCCCCUGUGAAGGCCCCAUAG